GUGGGUAAAGCACGAUAUGAAAGUUGGUAUAAUAGUGGUGUUGGUGUGCGUGGUUGGUGCUGAGUCAAAUUUCUUGGAUGAUUUAUUAGUACAUUUGGAAAAUGCUUGGAUUGGUUUCAAAAAUUUCAUCAAAAGACCUCCCAGGUCCACACGAAUACAUGGACACGUUUCAACAACGGCUUCAACUUCUACAACCUUUGGGUGGUUUAGCACAUCAACAUCUACAAUUUUAACUAAAAUGACAACAUACCCAACCGAGGUACCACAAGCUGUUGAAACGCGGUCAGUAACGACCACAACGCCGGCCAUGACCGAAAUCAUCACUGUACAGAAUACCAUGCCACCGGACAUGUUGUAUUACUUUCAACGCCCUAGGCACAAGCAGGUCCUCUUGCCGUUCUUCCCUACUCCAAAAUGGCGGACGAGAGACCAAUGGAACUGGCACCAAAUACAACAGCAAAAUUCAGAUUCCUUGUUCUGGAGAGAUGAGUUUUUAGGAGGCAGAGCUGAGAGAAGCUUUGCUGGUGACGAUGACGUGACCACGGCUCAGCAGUUGGACGAGACUGCCGACGAGGGAAUUGGCGUGAUGAUGUUCAUAUAGAGUAUUAAUAAGUUUGUUAAGUCUGUUGGUUUAUGUAGAACCAAUCAAGGGCACCCUAGGCCACCAUAUAACCAGCAUACAUUGGUUUAUACUGUGUAAUCCAACUUCGAACAAGAUAAUGAGCGGAUCUCGGGUAAAAACAAGUGACGACGCGACAGCAGACAACAGGUUAAGGGUAACAUUCCAUUUCUGACCACAGCUGCACUACUAUAGUUUUUUUAGCAUUAGAAAUAAGGUAAACAAUCUUGAUGUGUCUUUUAAUUGAAAAACACAUUUUAAAAAUAAGUUACGGCAAAUAUGUAACAAUUAUGAAUCUAAUACGUUAAUUUAUAUUCUUCUGCUUUCAUAAGUAUUAGUUAUUGAUUUUUAAAAAAGCGUUUUUCAAUUAAAAGACAUGUCAAGAUCGCUUACCUUCUUUCAAGUUAUUUCUAAUGCUAAAAAAAACGAACUAUAGUACGAACGCGUCGGUGUUAUUGUCAAUUUCCAUAGUAAAAUGAACGGUAGUGCUGCUGUCGUUGGAAAUGGACUGUCACCUUUAAGCAGGUUUUCUAGGAGGGCGUUAUUUGGCGUGCUUAUACUUAUUAUAGUGGCCUAA